UUUACGUUUCUGACGCUUUCUGACAGGUUUUUUUAUUUAUUUAUUUUUACGUUGGACGAAAUAUCUUAGAGUGAACCCGCGGCUGUCUCCUCCGGUCCUCCCCCCUCUCCUCCCCCGGCUCCUGUAGCCUGGCAGCAGCCCCCCUCCCUACAUUCCCUGCCUCGCGCCUCUCUCUGCCCCCGGUCCUGGCGCCUCUUUCUCUGGCUCCGGUCCUCGCGCCUCUCUCUGCCUCCGGUCCUCGCGCCUCUCUCUGCCUCCGGUCCUCGCGCCUCCCGCUCCUCCGGUCCUCGCGCCUCCCGCCUCUCCGUCCUCCCGGCCGGCCGGCCGCCAUGAAGCCGAGCCGCCAAAAGCAGCUCCUGUACUCGGUGUCCGGUCUCGUCGGGCUGUGCUGCGCCCUGACGGCCGCGGUGUGCGCCGGGCUGCCGCUGUGGAUCAGCGGGGCCGUGCUGUGCCGGACCGGGGCCGAGCUGGUCAACGCCACCGGGCCCGAGCUGGACAAGUUCCUGGGGGAGCUGAGCUACGGCCUGUUCCAGGGCCAGAGGGUGAAGCAGUGCGGGCUGGGCGGGAGGCCGUCCCGCUUCUUCUUCUUCCCAGACCUGCAGAGUGCUAUCCCAGUGGGCCUCCAUGUGACUGUGGUCUUCUUCUGUGGUGUGGUGAUCCUGUUCUCUGCGGUGGCCACCGGCUUCUUCUUCUUCAACGCCUUUGGACGUCCGUACGAGACGCUGCAAGGCCCCCUGGGACUUUACCUCUGGACCUCCAUCAGCUGUGUGAGCAGCUGUCUGGUGAUGGUCCUGUUUGCCUCCGAGGUCAAACUUCACCAUCUUUCUCGGCGGAUCGCCAACUUCAACGAGGAGAACUUUGUUUUCCAGACGCACAGCGAACGCUACGGCCGCUGCUAUUGGCUGUUCCUCCUCGUGGUCCUUCUGCACGCGCUCAACGUCCUGCUGAUCCGACUGGCCGGGACGCACUUCCCCUUCCAGGGGGGGAAAGGGGCGGAGCCUAGUGGAGGAGCAGCUGACCUCAUGUACUGA